CACCACUCACCACGACUGUCAUUCRUAUUUGUCGGUGCUAUAGUGAUACGUAGGUAUGUGUCGUAUCUCGAAAAUUUAUAUUUAGUACCUAUUUUGUUUAAAGUAGGUCUUCGUUAAUAUUGUAUUACGAAUGUCAACGUUAAUUUCGAAAUUGAGGUUAGGAAAAUACACAUUAAUCGACAAUCGUUGUUUCGUUAAAAAAACCACACAUCCGUACCAAAAACGACCGACAGCUGUAUCAUCUUUUAAUUAAUUGCAAUUUCAUUGGAGAAUUGUAAAUUUCAUUUCAUUUGUCAUAAUUUUUUAACGGCUCGAGUUCAUUAAUUUUCCAUAUUUGUAUUUUGUUGUCUUGAGUUUUGUCAACAAUAUGCCUUCYAACUUUUGUAAUGAAUCUAUUCGGUCAUGUGCAUACUAUAGACCUCCCCACUUGCGAAAUGGAUGUGUAGGAACCAAAGUAGAAACUGUAGAUUCGGUGAACAAUAUUACUUCCAAUUGUKUGAAUAAUAAUAAUUCAAAGGAGAAGAAUAAUAACGUACCAAAUUCGUCAAAUAAAGAUUCAUUUAUCAAGUUAUAUGUACCACCUGCUAAACGUAAUUUGAACAAUACGGCCAAUGUUGUAGGUCUAUCUAAGUAUUUUGAUUGUAAAUUCAAGGGCUCUCGCACAGAAUACUCAAAAAAGCUUGAAGAAUCAACUACUGUGUAUGUUGGUCAUUUAAAUUUGCUUUCAACUGAAGUGGAGGUCCAUAAGCUAUUUUCAGAGGCAGGAAAAAUAAAAAACAUUAUCAUGGGAUUGGAUAAACAAACAUUAGGUCCUGGUGGAUUUUGCUUCAUUGAAUAUGAAACAAGAGCAGGUACUGAAAAUUGCAUGAAGAAACUGAAUGGAACAUUAUUACACGGAAAGCAGUUGAUAGUCGAUUGGGAUGCUGGCUUUAUUGAAGGACGUCAAUAUAGACGGGUUAGAAGGAAUCAACAAAGGUCCUAUGUGUGUCCAACCACUCAAAAAUAAACAUUGUAGAUUCUCAUUUCAAGAAUAAAGAAGAGGACUAUACUUUAUAAAAAGGAGAGCAUUUUUUUUUUUUAUCGACAUKAAAUUUUUGUUUUAAAUUAUCUAUUUCUGUUUUAUAAAUUAUAUUAUAUUUUGAAUUUACCAUCUAAUGAGAAAGUAUCAUUUAAUAACCAUGUUUACGUCAUCCUAAUGAGGUCUU